AUGAAUAUUGCCUUGUUGUCCUUGUCCGCUCACCAUCUCCAUUUCAGCAAUGAGCUAGCUCAACGGCUAGACAACCUUCCAAUCGCUGCCGACGCCGCCGCUGCCGAGAAAGCCUCCGUGGAAAACCACUGGUGUCAACUGCGGGACACAGUCCGGUCGACGGCGCUAGCCGUCCUCGGUCGCGCACGCCGCCAACACCAGGACUGGUUCGAUGGCAACGACACCGUCAUCAGCAACCUGCUCGCCGAGAACCGCCUGCAUAAAGCCUACGUAGACCACCCCCCCCCCGACGACAACAGAGCUACUUUCUACCGCAGUCGCCGCCACCUUCAGCAACGACUGCGCGAGAUGCAGGACGCCUGGACUGCUCGCGAAGCUGAGGAGAUCCAAGGAUACGCGGACCGCAACGAAUGGAAGCACUCCUUCUCCGCGAUCAAAGCUGUCUGCGGUCCGCCGACGAAAGCACCGCUCCUCUCCUCAGCGCCGAUGGCAGUACCCUCCUGA